GUUGUUUCGAAGCUAGCAUUUCCUGGUGGAGACUUUGGCAACUUUUCGCAGCAGCACGACUCAUACCAAUAUCGAACAUCACCUUCACAGCAACAGCGCAAACAUGGGCUUCACCGAUUUCGUCUCCGACAGUGGCAUGACCCUGCUCGAUAGCUGGGUCAAGACACGCAGCUACAUCGUUGGCUACGGCCCCACCCAGGCGGACGUCAAGUCCUUCCAAGCCUUCAGCUCCCAACCGGCCGUCGAGAAGUUCCCACACGCCUACCGCUGGUACAAGCACAUCGCGACUUUUGAGCCCGAGUUCUCCUCCCUGCCUGGCGACCCAUCAAAGGCUUUCACCGCAUACGGUCCAGAGGCGAGUGAGCUGCCCAUCGAAGAAGAUGCGGAGGCUGCGAGGAUUAGGGAGGAGCGUCUGAAGGAGUACGCUGCGAAGAAGGCGGGUAAGACGAAGCCGGCGGCUAAGUCUGUGGUCACGCUAGAUGUCAAACCGUGGGACGACGAAACCGACAUGAAAGCCCUUGAAGCCUCCGUACGCAGCAUCGAAAAGGACGGCCUCGUAUGGGGACAGAGCAAGCUCGUGCCCGUCGGCUUCGGCAUCAAGAAGCUGCAGAUCAACCUUGUCAUUGAGGACGAGAAGAUCUCGCUCGACGAGCUGCAGGAGGAGAUUGAUGGGUUCGAGGACUACGUGCAGAGCUCCGACAUUGCGGCCAUGCAGAAGUUGUAGAGCAGCGUGUCGAGACACGUGUUGCAUGAGAAGCAUGAAGGCAUAGAAAAAGCGUGUGCAUUCUGUACUGCAGUUUGCGGGUUAGGCCGUAAGCAGGCAGCUUUAGACGUGACAUGACAUGACUUUAGCCCGAAAUAUUUCCCAAGGAGAGUGGCGGAAGAUCGCUGUCGAUUGUCUGACCGCACCGUUUUCGCACGUUGUUACAUAUAA